AUUAAGCUGUCCCUGCUACUCUUCUACCGACGGAUUUUUCCAAUCCAAAACUUUGAAAAAAUGGUCACGAUUGCUGCCGUCAUUGUUAUUCUCUGGUUCAUUCCAGGGUUUUUGGGGGAAACAUUUCUGUGCUGGCCAAUUGACGUUAUGUGGACAGAUUUCGCACACGCAGCCGAAAAGUGCGGAGAUUAUGGCCUCUUCUUCGCGAUUAUGAUCAGCUUCGAGAUAGUGAUAGACUUUCUCAUACUAGUAUUGCCGAUUGCACAGGUUCUUCAACUUCAGAUGAGCUGGAAUAGUCGAGCAACGCUAGCAGGUAUCUUCAUGCUUGGUGGCUUCUCGAUCGUAACCAAUAUCCUCCGCAUCGCCUUCUCCUAUCGAAAAGGUGAACAAUUCAUCGAUCUGAUACAAGACAUGGUAUGGAUCAAUAUCCAUUGUGCCACGGCUAUCCUGUGCAUAUGUCUCCCGACAUACAGGCCGCUC